AUGAAUAGUCGCGAAGGAUUUUUACGAAAACUAGAAGAAGAAGUCAGUCCUGGGCAGCUUAUAAAUCGCCAAGGAAUCACAAUGAAUAGAAUAGUCAGAGAGCACAGGCCUGAGAGCAAGAUUCUCCCCAGACCUGGCUUAAGUGAGCCUAGCGACUUCAAGAAGAGGCUUGGGGUAGAUUUCCCUGCAAUCCCGGAGUUUGAGGAGCGAAAAAAGCAGAAAAUCAAAGAAAAAGAAGCAGAAAAUGAAGCAGAAAUGUAA